AAAUACCAGAGAAGUAAAAGACUGAUGAUGCCGCUAAUGCGGAUAUAAAAUCAACAUUCGAAAACUUGUAUUACGUUAGCUAUUAUAAUAAAGAGAAACUAUUAUCUUAAUUCUCAAAAUCUAUUAAAAAGGUAGCUUCUAGUUGUUGAAACAAGAGUGCAGCAAUGACUGGCAGACCUAGACCAGUCACUGCAACUGUUACAAAACCAAAAUGGAUGCAAUUACCUAGCCCAGAUGCCAUGAAUAAAAUUCGAAGAAAAUCCUUGGAGUCGAAUGGUUCAACUGCAUCAUUGACUUCCCUUCUGGAGCACAGCAGCUUUGACAGUGAUUCAGAUGUGGACAGAAGGAAUACCCACAUGUCAGAUUCUGAGACUUUAUCUUCACCAAAGAGAGUUGAAGUUUCAAACAGAAAAAUAUCUAGUUCAAGACGGAGCAAAACUUCCAACAGUAAUCUUUCUGCGUGGGAACAAUGGAUCAUUGAGAAAGCAAAAGAGGAUUUUCAUAAGAAACAGACAGAGUUAAUUGAAAGUCGAUUAGCAAAAUUGAAAAAAGAAGAAAAAGACAGGGAAAAGCAUAUGAAACAAGUUAAAGUUCAACAAGUUAGGCAAUCUUGGAUAGAGAAGAAAAAUGAGGAAAUUUUAAUGCAGAAAAAGUUGAAAAAGAUGAAAAUAAAAGAAGAAAAAGAAAAGGAAGAGUUGAAAGAGAAAAUUAAGCAAAAGGCAGCAGAAAAGUUUGAGGAGUGGCAGGCGUUGAAAAGGAAAGAAGAAAAAGAGAGAAGGAAGAGACAGAAAGAAGAUAAGGAGCGCUUGCAGCGGGAGGAAGAGCAAAGAAAACAGAAAGCAGAAGAAAAAUACCAAGAGUGGCUACAAAUGGCUAAAAAUAGACCCAAAUCUGCACCCAAUAGCUUUGGUUAUUUGUCUGGUCAGAUUAAAGGUUACCAUGACCGCAGUGCCUACCCACAGCCCACUUUUUGCAAUCCCAUACCAUGGCAGCCUGUUGCCAUUCCAACACAGAAAGCAGACAGGACAAAGAAAAAUAAAACAAAGGUUUAUAAGUGGAAUCCAGAUAAAUAUUACUAAAUUACUAACUAGUUCAGUCUGGAUCUAAAGCAUUAAAUCUGUGAUAUAAUGUGUGUGGAUGUAGUUGUUCAACUUGUGGUGGCAAGAUUGUUUAUCUGAGAAUUACCUGUUUUGUGAUGGCUUAGUAGUACGUAAGUAGUGACAUUUAAAAAAAUUUCAAAUAAAAAUCCAUGAAGGGAGAUUACUUGGGAUUUUAGUUUUACCAUUGGCUUAGCUAAUAGUCAACAUAAACUAUGUAUCCUUAACCUAAUAUUAUGUGUAACAUUUUUGUAACAAAUUUAUUUUGUUUUAAAAAAAAAUGUAACUGUACAGAUUUUAAUAAAAAAAAUGAUAAAAUGUA